GCCUGUGAACAUGUUUUGUUUCUCCUGUGUUGAGGCCGUGGAGGAGAGUCGAAGUUCAAUAGCUUCAGUGUCUGUCAGAUACGGUUCUGUGCUGUGAUAGUUGCUUAGAUGCAGUAAGAAUUCGGAGGGAGGGUGAGUAUUUUGGGUAGGUGGGAAAGAGAGCUAAAUCUGAGGUGCGGUCUCCAGCGCCGAGCGUCCGUCGCCAUGCCUCGGAAAAUUGAGGAAAUCAAGGACUUUCUGCUCACAGCCCGGCGGAAGGAUGCCAAAUCUGUCAAGAUCAAGAAGAACAAGGAUAAUGUGAAGUUCAAGGUUCGUUGCAGCAGGUACCUUUACACCCUGGUCAUCACAGACAAGGAGAAGGCUGAGAAACUGAAACAGUCCCUGCCCCCUGGUUUGGCAGUGAAGGAGCUGAAAUGAACCAGACCUCUCUGUUUUGACCAUUAAAACCCCUGAAAAGUCAAAAAAAAAAAAAAAAAAAGAAUUCGGAGGGAGAAGCCCAUGGCUGCUAAGGGUAGCCAAGACGUGCUUUAAAAGAAAGCUUGCUCCUCCGAAGCUGGCAGGCGCAGUGAAGACAACUGUUAGGACCAACUGGAGCUUGUAAAAAAAUCCUAAAAUACAAGAACAGGUCCCCAAACCAAAAGCCCUUCCUGAAUCCAGAUGUUCUAGGAUGCAAUCAUGAUGCAGUUAAUUGGAAGCUAUUAAUAUACUUUAUCUUUUAUUAGUCUAAAGGGGAAAAUACAUAUUAUAAUAAUUAUCAGAGAAGAUAUUUGAUAAUAUCUAAUGUCAAUCUUUGAUUU